AUGCGCUCGUACAACCCGAAUGUCAAAGGCCACCCGCGACAGAUUAAACGCGCGGUUAAUUUAUUACUCGGCGCGAAGCGGCCAAUGAUUUAUAGCGGUGGCGGCGUCAUUAUGUCGAAUGCAUCGGAGGAACUACGCCAGUUUGUACGUAAGCUUGGCUAUCCGAUCACGCAAACACUCAUGGGCCUCGGUGCUUUUCCUGGCACCGACCCGCAGUUUAUCGGCAUGCUCGGCAUGCACGGCACUUAUGAAGCCAAUAUGGCCAUGCAUGACUGCGAUGUACUCAUCGCCAUUGGUGCGCGCUUCGAUGAUCGCAUCACCG